AUGCACUUGCGAGAUCCUGUUCUACCCGUUGAAGCCGCGCUCUGUCCGCCAACAUUUUCUUACGCUGUAGCAGACGACUAUAAGGAAGAGGCAAAAGUCCGCCUCCAAGAGGCCUACACGCUUGUCAAAGAAAACUUACAAAAAUGUCAACAAAACCAGAAGGAACGCCAUGACCGCGCAGCGAAAGAUACUCACUUUACUAAAGGUGACAAAAUAUGGUUAUUUACUCCAACGACUAAACCUGGACUCUCUCCUAAACUUACCCACAAUUGGCACGGACCGUACGAGAUCAUCGAGCGAUUAUCUAAUGUUACAUACAGACUACAGGACCCUGAUCACAAAUCAAAAACUUUCACAGCGCAUGCUAACAGGAUGAAGCCGUAUCUUGAUCCUAAUGACCGCCCUCAUCACGACUACAUCCCGGACGAGGACGUUGAAUACGAGGACGAGACGGCCGAUGACAACGGUCCCAUUGUCAAAGUAUUAGAUAUGAUGUGGUCAAGAAACGACUCCAAGCGGUUAGAGAAACGUUAUUUUGUGCAGUUUCAGAACGGACACUCCCAGUGGUUAGGUGAAAAUGAAAUCAAAGACUUUAGGAUUGUACAAGAUUUUAUUCAGUCAAAGAAAUAA